UCUCCACCUCGCGACACCAGACCCUAGAACUCAGACCCGCCGCUUUUCCUUUUUUCUUCCAAAAGGCAUCCAACCCCCUGCUGCCCGCUCCAGCCUCUGCGCCUAGCGGUCCUUCAGCCUCCGCGCCCUACAGCUGCCGCACCUUGCCGUAUCCAGCAUCCUCGCCCAAAUCCCUUCUGCUCCCUGCUCCUCCUCUGCCCCCUCCAUCACACCUGCGAGCCCUCUUUUACUCUCUUUCCCAGGAUCGCCAAGCCCCCAAAUUCCGCCAGCAUCCCUUUAGCAUCCUCGCCAUUGUCAGUGCCCGCACCUUCCCACGUGCGCGGUCUCCGCCGCUGCCAUGAGCUCGUCGAUCAGCCAGAGCCGCCCCCUUGCCGCCUUCCUGCAGCACCUGCGCGGCCUCGGGCAGCCCCCCAGACCUGUUACAUCUACGGCGUGCGCGCCCCGUCCGCCGCGAGAGGUGCCCCUCUGCCCGCUGAUGGCAAAUGGCGAGACGCAGAACGCGGCCGCCCUGCCUGGCCCCACCAAUUGGCCACUCCUGGGCAGCCUGCUGGAGAUUCUCUGGAAAGGGGGGCUCAAGAAACAGCACGACACGCUGGCGGAGUACCACAAGAAGUACGGCAAGAUUUUCCGCAUGAAGCUGGGUUCCUUCGACUCGGUGCACCUGGGCUCGCCGUGCCUCCUGGAGGAGCUGUACCGCGCCGAGAGCGCCUACCCCCAGCGGCUGGAGAUCAAGCCGUGGAAGGCCUAUCGCGACUAUCGCGAGGAGGGUUACGGGCUGCUGAUAUUGGAAGGAGAAGACUGGCAGAGAGUCCGGAGGGCCUUUCAAAAGAAACUAAUGAAACCGGUGGAAGUUAUGAAGCUCGACAACAAAAUCAAUGAGGUCUUGGCUGAUUUUAUGGUUCGAAUAGAUGAGCUCUGUGAUGAAAGAGGCCACGUUGAAGACUUAUACGGCGAACUGAACAAAUGGUCAUUUGAAAGUAUCUGCUUGGUGUUAUACGAGAAGAGAUUUGGACUCCUUCAGAAAAAUGCAGGAGAUGAAGCUUUGAACUUCAUCAUGGCCAUCAAAACAAUGAUGAGCACGUUUGGGAGGAUGAUGGUCACCCCCGUGGAGCUGCAUAAGAGCCUCAACACCAAGAUCUGGCAGACCCACACCCAGGCCUGGGACACCAUUUUCAAAUCAGUCAAAUCUUCUGUCAACAACCGUUUAGAGAAAUAUGCCGAGAAACCCAGCACAGAUUUCCUUUGUGAUAUUUAUCACCAGAAUCAGCUUUCAAAGAAAGAACUAUAUGCUGCUGUCACAGAGCUCCAGCUGGCUGCGGUAGAAACGACGGCGAACAGCUUAAUGUGGGUACUCUACAAUUUGUCCCGCAAUCCCCAAGUGCAACAGAAGCUUCUUAAGGAAAUUCAAAGAGUACUGCCUGAGAAUCAGAUGCCACUGGCAGAGGAUUUGAAGAACAUGCCAUAUUUAAAAGCCUGUCUGAAAGAAUCAAUGAGGCUUACCCCCAGUGUGCCGUUUACAACGCGGACCCUCGACAAGGCAACUGUUCUGGGUGAAUACGCUUUACCCAAAGGAACAGUGUUGAUGCUAAACACCCAGGUGUUAGGGUCCAACGAAGACAACUUUGAAGAUUCAAGUCAGUUUAGACCUGAACGCUGGCUUCAAGAGAAGAAAAAGAUUAAUCCUUUUGCGCAUCUUCCAUUUGGCGUUGGGAAAAGAAUGUGCAUUGGCCGCCGUCUGGCUGAGCUACAGCUCCACUUGGCUCUUUGCUGGAUCGUCCGCAGGUUUGCCCUUGUGGCCCUGGACAAUGAGCCUGUCGAGAUGCUACACCUGGGCAUCCUGGUGCCCAGCCGCGAGCUCCCCAUCGCUUUCUGCCAGCGGUGAGACAUCUCAGAUGUUUUGCUAGAAACCAAGAGCAGCGAUUUUUAUCCUCUUGCAAAAAUGGUGCCUAAGGCUUCUACGUUACUGGAAGACAAACUUCAAAAGCAAGAGCAUGCAGCAGCCUAUAAAGAACACUUAGGCCCACCAUGGUGCUCAGACUCUUCUUCUACAUAAAUUUUCUAGAAACUGUACUGUCUGUAUAGAUGAUGGUAUUUAUCAAGAUUGUAUCCAACUCAAGGAAUUGGAUUGAGUGAUGGAAUUCAAAGCACUCUCUAGGUAUACUGCUGGUUUAUACUUAACCAAUGUCUGCACCAUCCUGGGUUCUGUAGAAUUGCUCAUGAGCCUUUUUAUCGCAUCUUCCAUGACUGGAGAGGUGGAUGAGCACUUGUCAGCCAGUCAGAUGAAAGUUACUAAAUGCUCUGUCCCUCCAUACCAAAUUCACUGUUUGGAUCUUUAAUUCUCCAGAGUAAGUUUAUGUUUCACAAUGAAUUGUCUGGGCACAGGGUAAUAUUGACAAUCCGUUUAUUGUAGCUCUGCAUAAUGCAAUAUUUGGGGAAGUAAUUGCUUAACGAUAUAAACAACACUAAAUGUUGAUUAAAAUCACCAGGCCCCAUGACAGCUUUUCCUCCUUUGAAAUGGAAGCAUUUACGGGAAAUUAGAGAAUACCUAUAUUGUAAGAAAUACUUUAAUGAAAUCAGACUCUCCUAUCUAAGAAAACCUUAAUGAUUUACCAUGGCAACAUUUGGUAAAAUGACCCCAGAUUUCUUUAUUUUGUUAUCAUAUUUUAAUGUUCAGUAUUUGAUUUGGGAUCUAUGGUUUAGGGCAAUGUUCUGAAAUUUAAUCACAGCUUAAAAAUAUUCAGUGUGACUAUAAGGAAGUGACUUCCCAUGCCUUAAUUUCUCCAUCUGUAGAAUGGGACAAUUGUAAAAUAUGCAUAUGUUAGAAGUCAAUUAUAUAACAUUUGUUAUUAGCUUUGACCUCCUUAGGAAGAUAUUAUGUCAUAAAUGCAAAGAACAUAGGGCUUUAUACAAGGCUUAUUGCUUUUUUCUAAAAAAUUUUGUUUACAUACAGUUUAUUCACACAUAGUUUUACUUUUAGUUUUCCUAAAUGCAUACUGGAUAUUUCUGUAUAUCUGAUAAAGAUCUCCCUUUUAGGAUAUAUUUUGAAUAUUUCAAAAUUACAGAAUAUACAUAUAUCUUUGUAUUUUAAUAAGUAUUUAUGUAUUACCAAACUAGGUAUAUGCUUUCUCCCAAUUGUGAGAUUAUUCUUAGAGUUAUAAAUUCACAUGUUGUCA